AUGGUUUGUAUGUCGCCGUGUCACGCGUCGAUGUCGCCCCAAGUUUACUCUCACGAUGAAGCGCCCACCAUGCAAGUCUGGCUCAACCGCCUGCCGCAGUCGCGUCGCGCUCGCCGUCGUGGUGACGUGUGUUCCGUUCCGGCGUCUGGCACUCUAAUAUCGAAGAUGUGGCAACCAACGUUGUUCUCACUUCUGGCGCUGACCGCGGCUGUGAGAAGCUCUGCGGUUGUUCACUGCCAGCCCAAUGACUCGAGUUGUGCUCAGUGCCAGGCUUCCUGUGAUACCAUCGCCUUGAGUGUACUGCCCGAGUGUUGUGAAGUGUACAGUGCCUGCUGUCCUACAUACAGCGCGCAAUGCCGACAAUGUGAAGCCAAUGCCGCAUUGGAUGAGCACUUCCCGGAGUAUUGCUGUGCCUCCUUCACCGACUGCUGCCAUAUGGUGCCAGGACUCAACCUAGAAACCAACUUCAAUGUCAAACAAACAACUAAUCCUCGCGAUCAACGAGUACUUGAAAAGGCCGCUUCAAAUCAGCAUUCUUCUGACACACACCACGAACCAAAUGAACCUCUUGAAACGACACAAUUUGAGUACUACGACUAUCCAUUAGAUGAAUCAGAAGUGGACGGGUCUGAGUCUGAACCUGCGUCAUCAACUCCUCAGUUCAGUUCAGUUCAGCAUUCUUCACUGAGUGAACCGCGUCAUGAAUCUCAGGCGCUUCAGCAAUCUCAGCCUCUUCAGCAAGGUCAGCCGCUUCAGAAAGCUCGACCACUUCAACAAGGUCAGCCUCUCGAGCAAUCGCAGCCUCUAGACGAAGCUCAGCCUCUAGACCAAUCUCAGCCUCUAGACCAA